UUUUUUGUUUUUAGUAUUUUUUCACUUUCUUCACACUCCCUUUACUUGCUUAUUUGCUUCUGGCCUCUUUUUAACACAAUUUAUAACAUUUAAUAAUAGGUCUAGUUUAAUGUCCUCAUUCUUUUAUGGAAUUGUUGCUGUCUUUCUGUUGUUUUUUGGAGAUGUUCGACUCGAAGUUGUUGAAGAUUCGACAACUACACGGACAACAGCUACAACUGUACAUCAAGUAAAAAGUGCAACUGUUGGAACUGGACAGUUAAUGUCUGGACAGAAAGUAAAGCAUUUGGGAUAG